CGCCCCUGCCCCCGCAGCCGAUCUCGUCUCCCCGCCCACGCCGCCUAUCGACGCCGAGCCGCCUAACCAGCCCCUCCGUGACAUCAUCCAACCGCUACAUGGAUCUAAUCCUCCCACCGCCUCUGACCACCGAUUCGAUUCCAAUGCCGAUCAAGAGGUCUUGGCAAUGGAAGUGAUUGCAAAGCCGAAUCUGCCCGCAGAAGAGGAUAUUGCAGCAGAUGACUCGGCAAUGGAAGUGACUGCAAAGUCGAAUGUGGCUGCAGCGGAUGGUGUAUCAAAGCCGAAUGUUUCCGCAGAGGAUACUGCAUCAAAGUCAAAUGUGGCCGCUACUGUAGCAGUAGCACCAACUCUGUUGGAAACUGCCAUUGCAGCUGGAAAUGACCAGUGUGAUACCUCAAACUCAAAUGGAGAAAAUCUACAGCAGCAAGCCGUGGAAAAUGUAUUAGUCUCCACCACUAUGUUAGCUGAGGACACUGUCACACCUGCAGCUGCUGCCGGGCUCAAGCCUGCAAGGCGCUUCACUCGAUCGUUGCUCAAGAAUAAUAAACCAGAUAAAGAAGAGUCUGCAUCUUGUGAAAGUCAGGCAACACCAGAUGGUAGCAAGGAUGCCUCAGUUGGUUUUACUUUGCUCCUGGAGAAGCCUCAGAGAAGGUUCACAAGGUCGUUGCUCAAGACAAAGGUUGAGAGCAGUUUGGUUGGAUCUGAUGAUGUGCUGGACAGUGCAUCUGAUUCCCCUCCAUCAGUGAAGAAGAUGGAGAUGAAGAUGUCAAAGAAAGUUGCAUGUCUCACGAAGCACCCUGGAAACAUUAGAGAGCUGCUCAACACAGGCAUGCUUGAGGGGAUGCCAGUUAUGUACAUCAUUCCUCAUAGCAAGAAGGCUGUCCUAAAAGGAGUGAUUACUGGUUGCAAUAUACGUUGCUUUUGCCUGUCCUGUAAUGGCGCCAAGGCCAUUUCAGCUUAUUACUUUGAACAACAUGCUGGAAGCACCAAAAAACACCCUGCUGAUUACAUUUACUUAGGGAAUGGCAAUAGUUUGCGUGACGUGCUACGUGCAUCUGACAGAUCUCCCUUGGAGGCUCUGGAAGAAACGAUUCGUUCCUCCAUUGAUCCAGUAGUUAAAAGGAGCCGCAUUAAUUGUCUGAAUUGCAAUGAGCUUGUUCUUCCGUCAUCACAUGAAAAUGUACUGUGUCAAGUUUGCCUCGAGUCAAAGCAACCUCAAGAUCCUCUUACUGCAUCGUAUACAUGUAAUGGCAGUUCGAGUCUGAGUCGAAGUUCCAAGGAGGCUUUGCUAAGGAACAUAUCAUCAGGCAAGAAGGGUGGGAGUGCCGGCAAAGUAACAAACAAGGAUAACAGACUACACAAAUUGGUCUUUAAUGUUCUGCUUGAUGGCACAGAAGUAGCUUACUAUGUUGAUGGGCAGAGAAAGGUUGAUGGGUAUAUCAAGGAUCAUAGAAUCUACUGUAAUCACUGCAACAGAGUGGUUAGCCCAUCAGCAUUUGAAGCUCAUGCAGGUGAGGGAUCAAGGCGCAAACCGUAUGAUAACAUAUUCACAUCAAACGGAGUAUCAUUGCAUGAGCUGGCGAUGAAAAUAUCAAAGGAUAUGGAACUGUCAGAACGCGAGACAGAUGAUCUGUGCAGAGAAUGUGGUCAGGGGGGAGACAUUUUCCCGUGCAAAAUCUGUCCAAGGUCAUUUCAUCCAGCUUGCGUUGGACUGUCUAAAGUCCCCGCAGAAUGGUAUUGUGAUAGUUGUCGCAAUCUUGUGCAAAAAGAAAAGGCUUUAGCAAAGAACAAAAAUGCUAAAGCUGCUGGGAGGCAAGCUGGAGUUGAUUCCAUUGAACAGAUAAUGAAGAGAGCUAUACGAAUUGUCCCCAUCUCUGAUGAUCUUGGAGGCUGUGCUCUGUGCAAACAGAAAGAUUUCAACAAUGCUGUGUUUGAUGAGCGCACUGUGAUACUCUGUGACCAAUGUGAGAAAGAGUAUCAUGUAGGAUGCUUGCAGAGUCAAUGGCAAGUAGAACUAAAGGAAUUGCCCGAGGAGGAGUGGUUCUGUUGCAGUAGUUGCUCUGAGACACGAUCAUCAUUGGACAAGAUAAUCUCCGAUGGAGCUCAACUGUUGGCGGACCCAGAUCUUGAAAUCAUAAAGAAGAAACAUGAGACACGAGGUUUAUGCAUGGACACCAGUAAAGAUCUCAAAUGGCAAUUACUUUCUGGUAAAAGGGCUACUGAAGACGGAAGCAUAUUGCUCUCUGCUGCAGUGCCAAUUUUUCAUCAAUCUUUUGAUCCAAUCCGUGAAGCUCUCACUGGUAGAGAUCUGAUUCCUGAGAUGGUUAACGGGAGGGGACCUAAGGAGGGAAUGCCCGGGCAAGAUUACAGUGGAAUGUACUGCGCACUGUUAACUGUGGGCUCUACCGUGGUGUCAGCAGCACUUUUGCGUGUGAUGGGAGGUGAUGUGGCCGAGCUGCCACUAGUUGCUACAAGCCAGGAUGUUCAAGGGCUGGGCUACUUCCAAGCCUUGUUCUCGUGCAUAGAGAGGGUGCUAGUCUCACUGAAGAUCAAGCACUUUGUGCUUCCAGCUGCACAUGAAGCUGAAGGGAUCUGGAUGAACAAAUUUGGCUUCUCUAGAAUCUCUCCCGAAGAGCUGGAAGCUUAUCUUAAUGGGGCGCACUUGACUAUAUUCCAUGGAACGUCAUACAUGUACAAGGCUGUUCCAGUGUCAUAAUUGAUGGGAUAGAAGAGAUAUGGGUGAUUUCGUCUGUCUUUUGGGGGGUGGGGGUCCGCUCGCUAUUGUGAUGUACAGAGAGAGUUGAUAAGGAAGCAAAGCAUGGCAAAGACAAUGUACAGGAGCUGGAAGCCAAGGCGAAGCAUCGGAUGAAUCUAAAUGAAUGAAUUCCCCUUGGUUUGUUUACUCUUGAAUCGAAGGAAGCCUGUCUUUUUUUGGUGUGAUAUACUAGACUAGAUGCAAUGCAAUUGAAGGAGUCGCACCGAGUCCUGGUACUAGAGCCAGAUUUUUUGCAAUUUAAAUUUUGACUCUGAAACUGCUACCAGAGCUGCUGUGCAUUCUUCUCUUUCUGCAUACAAUUUAAAAGUUGCAAAUGAC